AUGACAGUUCUUUAUAUGCUCCUGCUGCUGUCCGCAUUGCCACUGAUCAAAACGACAUCAAUAUCGCCAAGAAAACAAGCAGAAUCGCUUGUCAAAUGGAAGGACGGCUUUUCUUCAUCAUCAUUCAUCAAUUCAUGGUCCCUCACAAACCUCAACAGCCUCUGCAACUGGGCUGCCAUUUCCUGCUCCAAAACCAGAACAGUCUCCAAAAUAGACCUCUCCAAUAUGCAUAUUGACGGAUCACUGUCCCUUUUCGACUUUUCCUCAUUUCCAAAUCUCACCCACUUCAAUCUGAAUGGCAACUAUUUCCAUGGGCCUAUACCAUCUGAGAUUGACCAGGUAACAGAGCUUCAGUAUCUAAAUCUCCGCGACAACAGUCUCUCCGGCAUGCCCUCAUUGACCUACCUUGCUAUGUCUAUGCAAGCUGAUAAUCUAUAUCAUUCAAAAUUCCCAGAAUUUAUAUCUCAAUGCCGGAACUUGACGUUCCUCGACUUGUCUCAAAAUAAAUUAAAUGGCCAAAUUCCACCUUCGAUAGGCCAACUCAGGGAGCUCCAGUACCUUGAUCUUUCAUACAACUCCUUAAGCUCUUCUAUCCCUUCUGAGCUCGGUCUUUGUACAAACCUCACCCACUUGUUCCUGGCUUUCAAUGAACUCAACGGGGAACUGCCUCUGUCCUUGUCCAAUCUGAACAACCUCGUCGAAUUGGGUUUAGCUAAUAACCAUAUCUCUGGCACGAUUCCACCUUCGAUAGGCCAACUCAGGGGGCUCCAAUACCUCAAUCUUUCAUACAACUCCUUAAACUCUUCUAUCCCUUCUGAGCUUGGUCUUUGUACAAACCUCACCCACUUGUCCCUGGCUUCCAAUCAACUCAACGGGGAACUGCCUCUGUCCUUGUCCAAUCUGAACAACCUCGUCGAAUUGAGUUUAGCUUAUAACCGAUUUUCAGGCACGAUUCCGGACAAUAUAGGUUUGAUUUCUGGUCUUCAAAGUAUUGACCUGAGAAUGAAUCAUCUGGAAGGGAAAAUUCCAUCCUCUGUAUGCCAAAUCAGGGAGCUCCAGUACCUUAAUCUUUCAUACAACUCCUUAAACUCAUCAAUCCCUUCUGAACUUGGCCUUCGUACAAACCUCACCCACUUGUCCUUGUCUUCCAAUAAACUCAAUGGGGAACUGCCUCUGUCCUUGUCCAAUCUGAGCAACCUUGUUGAAUUGGGCUUAGAUAAUAAUCUAUUUACUGGUCAAAUCCUUCCUUCUCUGUGGGGAGAUUCCGACGGAAGUUGGAAAUAUGAACUUUCUGUUGACGCUCAAUCUAAGAAGGAACCACUUGACAGGAGUGGUCCCUCAGAUUCUAGGCAAUUUAGCUCUGCUUAA